AUGUCGAGUACUGAAGAAGAUAUAUCGAGUAAUAUUACAGCCUCUAACGAAGCUAAUAAACAAGAACAAUCUACAAUAAAACUGGAAAUUAAUCGAGAUAUAGAAAAAGAAAGUCUUUUAAACGACGUGAGCGAGAGGGAAAGUAAUAUAGAUGACUCACAAGGUGAUUAUCGUUGCAAAUGGUCUGGGUGCGAUAGAAGGAAUUAUCCUACAUUAACUGCAUUAGUGGAGCACUUGAAUACUAAGCAUUUAGCACAUAUGGCACAUCUUACUCCUACAACUCCGAUUCGUUAUACAUGCCAGUGGGAGGGCUGUCCAAGGUAUGGUAUUGAGCAGCCGUCUCGAUUCGCACUUAUAUCACAUUGCCGUACCCAUACAGGGGAGAAACCAUAUUUUUGCCCAAUACCAGAAUGUGAAAAACAUUUUACAAGAUCAGACGCUUUAGCAAAACACGUCAAAGGGGUUCAUGACUUACAUCUGGCUAAGGAUGCGUUGACUCUCAUAAAAGAUAAAGUGAGGCAAAACAAAAUGGAGCCUUUUGUAAACAACCAAAAUGAAAUGUCAGAAAAGGAAUAUUUGAAUUUAGUUGAGGAGGAUUACGAAUCAAAGAACCCUUGGUGGUUUUCUCAGGACUUUAUUGAUAUCUUGAAAGAGGAAGAUGCCACUUUGAGUACUGUUAAUAGUAUGCCUCUCAACACCAGGCAGUACAAGAUGGCCCACAAAAGAUAUCAAAACUUUUCCAAGCUUGAAGACACCGAAAAUGAUAUAGAUGACAUAGAGGAUUUGGAAGAGCUAAAUCAGGUUUAUGUUAGCUUGAGACAGAAAUUAAAUACAGCAAAAAAGAUAAACAAAAUAGCGACGAAUCUGUUGCGAGAUGCCGUAAAGGAAAAAAGAAGACUCUGGCUUAUAAAUCAGGCCCUUUUGGAUGCCAACGUAGUACUUGGGUUACCCGAUGGCAUCAACGAUGGAAACACAAAAGACCACAAAGUUCAUUACGAUAAGACAGAUGAGGAGCUUUUGAACGAACCGGGAAUACGUGGAAAUUAA